AUGUAUUGUUUAUUGCGUCCUUGUUUUCGUGCAAGUUCUAGACUGAUAACAAAAGUCAAGUUGAAAUAUGUCUGCAUCUGUGUCAGUCUUAUCAUACUACUUGAUUUUUUCGGAGCAUUCACACAUCUCCUUGAAGUCACAUAUGACUCAAAUUUUGUUUACCCUUACGAAGGUGAUGUGCACGAAUUUGUGAAUGCACUGAGACACAAAGAAAAACCUAAAGUCCCACCUAUAAAUGAGUUCAAUUACACGUUUAUACUCGAUAAUAAACAGAAAUGCAUAGAUCCAGCAUAUAGUAGUUAUCGUGUAGUGUACAUAGUGAAGUCUUCAAUUGAAAACUUUGAGAGAAGACUGGCAAUUAGAAAGUCUUGGGGCUUUGAAAAAAGAUUCUUUGAUGUGCCAUCAAAGACACUUUUCAUGUUAGGUGUACAUCCCAAUGACAAUGAACUUCAGACAAAGGUAGAAGCAGAGGCUGCAAAAUAUAAGGAUAUUGUACAAGUAGAUUUCAUCGACUCUUAUUACAAUAACACUAUUAAAACAAUGAUGGCUUUUAAAUGGUUAGUAAAAUAUUGCUCAAAUUCGAAGUUUUAUAUGUUUGUUGAUGACGAUAUGUAUGUGUCGGUGAAGAAUGUUUUGAGAUUCAUAAGAAAUCCAGCUAAUUAUCCAGACUACCUUAAGGAACCUAAAAAAAUUGGAGCUCAUAAAAGAGAAAUCAAAGAUUCCUAUGAAAUGGGAGAAUCAAAUAAUAAAGAUGCAGUUACAAACAAGAUCAGCAAUACUUUAACUGAAAGUCAUCUUCCUGAAGACAUAAUAAAUACUUUCACUACAAAUAAGUUUACCCAUACACCGAAACAAAAUUCUCAUGAUAAUAUUCCCACUAAAACAUCUGCUGAUAAGUUUAAUGCAUCAAGCUUUAACGAGAAAAAAAUUAUGAGAAAUGAUAUUACUCUUAACAGAAGAAAAAGACAAAUUUUUGAUUUAGAACUUCCAGAGGAUGUGAGAUUAUAUGCAGGUUUUGUAUUUGUAUCUUCUCCACAUCGUCAUAAAUCUUCUAAAUGGUAUGUUUCUCUUAGCGAGUAUCCUUACCAUCUAUGGCCACCAUAUGUAACAGCUGGUGCGUAUAUACUGUCGAAAGAAGCUCUAUUGGAUAUGUAUUAUACUAGUUUUUAUACGAAAUACUUCAAAUUUGAUGAUAUAUAUAUAGGCUUAAUUGCAAAAAAAGCUGAUAUUGAGCCUUUUCACUGUGAAGAAUUUCAUUUUUACAAAAAAGACUAUACAAAAUUUAAUUAUAAAUAUGUAAUCACUUCUCACGGAUAUGGAAAUCCAAGUGAAUUACUAAAUGCAUGGAACGAACAAAAAGCUCUUGGUAAUGCUUAG